AUGGUAUCUCUUCUGCGAGUCGCACUGCCUUUGGCGAUAUUGACCGUGUCGGCUUUCGGCCACCCUCAUGAACUCGAUCGCAGAGCCGGGACGGCUGUCUCAAAUGCCAAUAGCUCCCUUACCUUCAUCUACCAAAACAACCUCAAUGCCUCCGACGACGUCAACCAUGUUGGCGCAAUUCUGCUUGAUCCCAUGCCCGCCUCUGCAGGUUCGACUGCUUGCGGCGCGUUGAGUGAGACUCUUUUGACUCAAACUACUAUCCAGAACUAUAGUUCGGACUUUGCUUCUUCGUUGUCCUACCUCGAAUUUGCGGAUAGAGUCUCGCCCAACCAAGCGUAUCAUAUUGCGGGCGGUACUUUGCAGGUAUCUCCCCAGGGACUCUCCUUCCUGGCCUCGACCCAGAACAACUCGACGCUGCCGGUCCUUUGCACCCAAUCCAGCAGAGCCAGUGAACCGCCGAACUCCACAGCGACUGUGUCGAACGAAGUCGCUGUAGCUGCAGCGGGCAAUGUAUACGUCGGAUAUCGAAACCAGAAGUCGUUCCGCUUCCUUGGCAUCAGAUACGCCAAUCCACCACAGAGGUUCCAGUAUUCUCAGCUGUACAAUGGUACGGGCGAGACAGCCAACGCCACCGCCUACGGCUCAGAAUGUCUUCAGGUUGGUGGCGGCAGUGAGGAUUGCCUGUUCCUCAAUAUCCAGACACCUUACAUCCCUAAAGCUGGAUCCAGCGCAGAGCUGCGUCCAGUCCUAUUCUGGAUUUACGGAGGAGGCUUCACAGGGGGCUCGGGUGCUGAUCCUUUGAGCGACGGUGGCAAUCUGGCAUCUCGCGAUGACAUCGUGGUCGUCCAAGUCAACUACCGUCUGUCGACGCUGGGUUUCCUUGCCAUUCCUGGGACAGAUAUCAAAGGCAACUUUGGCAUCGGCGAUCAGAUCGUUGGACUAAAAUGGACAGUUGAGAACAUUGCCAAGUUCGGUGGUGACCCUAGCAAAAUCACAAUCAUGGGUGAGAGUGCCGGGGCAGGCUCUGUCCGGACUCUGCUCGGUAGUCCUGAAGCGAUCGGCAUGUUCCAGGGCGCUGUCGCCAUGUCCAAUCUGGGAGGCGGUGUCGACCUCGGACUGACAGGUAACUACGGCACGACCUACUCGUCAUACUACACUAUCAACGAAUCUUACACCGUGGCUGGACCUCAGAUAUUCAAUGAGUCCAACUGCACCCAGCCGACCUUGAGCGCUCAAAUCGCUUGUCUUGAAACCGUCAAUGCCACCGAUCUGGUAGCUCUCAACACCGUCGCAAGAUAUGUUGUCCAGGAUGGCACCAUUGUCAACACCCCCGAGCUUGACGUCGUCAACAAGAAUGGAAGCGCAGCGUACGUACCCGUCAUUUUUGGAGUCGCUGCCAAUGACGGCGCAUCGUUCUCGAACCUGUCGCCCACACCAAUCCAGAACGAGACCGCUGGACUUAUGUACGGCCUCGGCAUCAAUCAGUCCUAUGCCCAGGCCAUCAUUCAGUCAGGCUUGUUCCCAUACUACGACACCGGCAACAUCACGUUUGACUCAUUCAAUGUCACGCAACGAGUUGCCACAGACAACACAUUCCGCUGCAUAGACCAGGCUACCGUCUACGCUGGCGCGGAGAGCGGUGCCUUCCCAUCUACCUACUUCUAUCAAUUUGAAAGGACGAUCAACGGAUACAACCCGGAAAACGUGCCCGGCGCGCCCGUAACUCCAGGCUAUCCCUACGGGAACCCCAACCUACCUUACUUCAAGCUGCACGGCGCAGACAUGGCAUGGGCGUUUGGCAACUUCUAUGUCCCCCUUCGUGACGCCAAUGAUUUGUACUCGGUUCAGCUCGUCAGCGGGUACUUUGCUGAGUUUGUCAAGAGCGGCCAGCCAAACCCGCCCAUUGAUUAUCUGCAAGUCAGAAAUUACACGACGACCUUGCAGGGCGUUGAGCAGUCUGGACCGUGGCAGAACGUGGUCAGCGACACUGGCCCGAUCAAGCAUUUCAACUACCCGUCCUAUACAGGAACGUUCGUGGACCUGCCACAAUGCGCGUGGUUGAACUACAGCAUCAGCUACUAUCUGGGGGGUGGACGGUGAUACUCUGCCAGGAGAUGCUGGACUGGCACUGAUCUUUUCUAGCCUGCGUGAGAAGAAGGAAAAUAACAGCUUGAAAAUAGUAAUGCGCCUGAAAGGCGUCAAAGCAUAAAAUACAAUGAGUACACAAAUUUAACAGACUUCAAUCGGCUCAAGCUGAUUCGACAAGGAUGAAAGGAUCUCGUGC